GGCGAACUACAGCUUGGGAUUUCUGAUAUAAAUUGAUAAAUGAAAACGGCAAAUUCCAUUUUCACAGUGGCGCACUGCAUAGAGAGAGAGAGAGAGAGAGAGAGAGAGAGAGUAGGCAGAGGAAUAGAAUUUGACCGCCAUUCAUAUCUAAGCUUUCACACUCUACGCAUCCACCGCUCCCGGAAAAAAGAAAAAAGAGAGCAAAUAGCAAAACAAAGAUAGUUGAAGCUGCAACUCCACUUUUUUCCUCCGCCAUUGGAAAAUUUUCUCAUGUACCAGCUGAUGCGAAAUCCGCAUUUCCUUCUUCUUCGCACUAGGGGAUUUUCUGAUAUUUUUGAUCGUUUUUCUGGUGUAUUAAGUUUAAAACUGGCUGGCUGAAUUCAGUUCGUUUUGCGCGUAACUUUGGUGAAUAUCGGGUUGCCUCUCUCUCUAAACCAAGCUCCCAUUUUCGGAACCUCGAUUUUCGAAGGAAUUGCGCAUCACGAUUGACUAUGGAACCCAAAGCUGAAGCAACUCAACCGCAUUUUAGAUCCGGAGAAAUGGGGUUUGGAUUAGACGAAAUCCACAGCCUAAUCUCUGGUCCACCGGAAACCGGCAGAAACUCAUUCACGGCGCUUCUCGAACUCCCGCCGCCUCAAGCAGUGCAGCUCUUAGUCAAAGAAGAUUUUCCGGCUAAACAUCUACCCCCGCCAAUUUUUCCUUCCAACAUUGGUCUCAUUGACCGAGCGUCAAAGCGUUCCUUCUUCGCUUCAGCUGACAACCCGCCGGCGAGCAAUACAAUUUUGUUGGCUUCAAGCUCGAUGAAGGUUGAGAUAGUGAAGCAAGAGCCAACGGACUCGCAACCUCACCCGAAUUCUGCUUCACCGGCGGUUUCAGAUCAGAGUCCAAAGUCCGGCAAGCGAAAGGAGAGAGAGAAGAAGGUCAAAGAAUCGAAUAAAAAGAGCAAAAAAGUGGUAGCGAAUGAAGCUUCUGAAGACGGUGGCAAGAAGCUGCCAUACGUUCAUGUCAGAGCUCGCCGAGGCCAAGCCACUGACAGCCACAGCUUAGCUGAAAGGGCAAGGCGAGAGAAGAUUAAUGCCAGAAUGAAGCUAUUACAGGAGCUGGUCCCAGGAUGCAACAAGAUUUCAGGUACUGCAAUGGUGUUGGAUGAGAUAAUUAAUCAUGUUCAGGCACUUCAACGUCAAGUGGAGUUUUUAUCCAUGCGACUUGCUGCUGUUAACCCAAGAAUUGAUUUCAACCUCGACGCACUCUUGGCUGCUGAAAGUGGAUCCUCAAUUGAUAAUGACUACAUGGGCAUGUUUACUCCAACCAUCUGGCCCGAAGGACAAAUCAAUGGGAACAGACAACUAGAAUAUCAACAGCUGUGGCAAGGAGAUGAGCUUCGUCAGCCUGGCUGGAGUAGGGAAGAAGACACCCCUAAUUUCAUCACUCCUGAGACCUCGCAUUUAAGCUACGACUCUUCAGCAAAUUCAGCGCCUCUGCACUCGAGUCAGCUGAAAAUGGAGCUCUGAAGGAGGUCAAGAGGUCCACGGUAGCUAGGUUUGUAUAUAUAUAUAUAUAUUUGGCUAUAUAUCUAUAUAUGAGUAAUAGAUAUAAAUAGAGGUUAUUUCAGCAUUGAGCUUGGAUUUCCAUGUAUGCCAUUAUAGUUAGUUGGAAAUCCUUGUUACAUUUAUCUUAGCGAGAGAGAGAGAGAGAGAGAUUUAGUUUGUUAUAUAAAAAGAUAUGGUCCAUUCUACUACACUACUACUAACUUAAAAGAGUUAUUCAGUCACGUAUCAGGUGAGUGAGUGAUUCAAUUUGAGGGUGUUAACUCCGAAGAUUUCUUAUAACUACAUUACAAUUCCAGCUUUUCUCUUGCA